AAGUUUUAAAUUUUAGUGAAAAAUUAGAAAAUGCAAAAAUAUUAAAAAAAUAAAAAUUAGUACAAAAAUUAAAAAUGCAGUUAUUUCUUACGCUUUUAACGGUUACAUUAAUUUUCGGGCCACAAACAAUUUUUGCUGUCAGCUCCAAACGACAAAUACAGUAUGACAAACUCGACACGGUGUAUGAUCAGGAUGAUGAAGACGACUUCGCGCCUGUGAGUCCGUGCAGCGUGCAACGGGCUGGCGAUCCUGAUCUCACCAAUUAUGAUAUAAUCUCUUCGUAUCACUUCGACGAAGCUUACCAUCAAUAUCAGGGUGUGAAACAAAUAGUCGGUUCAACGGGCUAUCAGACUGCUUAUCAUUUUGAAGAGUUUUCCAAUAUGACAAUCGAGUCGUCGCAAGCAUUCCCCAAGGGUGUGCCGGAUGCCUUCUCUUUCGAGUGUACAUUUCGUGUACCAGAAUUUGAUCCGCCGAAUGAAUGGUUUCUUUUUGAAAUCUCCAAUUAUAAAUACGAGUCGCAAAUGAGUGUCAUUAUGAAUCCACUUUAUAAUGCGAUCGAAUUUUCACUACCAAAGUAUGAUGGCUCUCUACAGACAAUCACUUACGAGGAGCUGGAAAUAUUCGAUCAUUCGUGGCAUAAAGUAAUGCUGGGUGUUACGCAGGAUGAUGUGCGUCUGUGGGUCGACUGUAAACCUGUGCCUGAUCGUAGUGGCAGUUUGCAUACACCGUUGGAUGUACGUAGUCCAAUCGAUUCAACCGAAGGUGCUUUCACAGUGGCGCGAGACUGUAAAACUAGAAGCACAGUGCCCAUUGAUUUGCAAUGGAUGAUCUUCAGUUGUGAUGUUGAUAAGCCUAAUCGUGCCACCUGCGAAGAUAUACCACAUUACGCCAAAGCGCCAAAAGGUGUGAUUGGGAGAGAAAAAUUUCCAACGCCACGACCCGUUUCGUUGCCGACGCCUACACCACCACGCCCAGAUCUAACAUUUCUAACGACUACUAAUUAUCCACCAUUGUUUUUGUCCUCCACACCUGUUGCAUUGCAAGGACAAGAGUUACAUGCUUGCCCUGAAGUAUGCCCUAGAGGACCACCUGGCCCGCCUGGUCCACAGGGACCGCCUGGACCAAGUGAUUCAGCCGCUCCCGCAUAUCCAAAUGCCAACCAAGUAGACGGCCGUUUAAGCAAGGGUGAAAAAGGUGAACCCGGACCAAGUGGCGUUGGUCUACCUGGAAUACCAGGACGACCAGGUCAGAAAGGCGAGAGUGGUUGGAAUGGUUUGCCGGGACAGAAAGGAGAGCCUGGUGCCAUGGGACCGACUGGUCAACCAGGUCCAGUAGGUAUUGCAGCAUCCGAGGAGCGUAUAAGGGAAAUUGUAGAGCAAAUUGCAAUUAGUUUGCCUGGGUUGAAAGGAGAAACUGGCUCACCGGGCAUACCCGGUCAAGUUGGUCAGAAAGGAGAGCGAGGUAUGCCGGGCUUGGAUGGUGGUCUUGGCGAACGUGGUAUUGCCGGUAUACCGGGUCAAAAAGGUGAAUUGGGCUUACCCGGCUUUGCUGGAAUGCCUGGGCCGUCAGGACCACCUGGACCACCCGGUGUGUCAGGCACCAUAAAUACUGAAGUACGAAAUAUAGACGAACGUGAAAUAAGAGAUAUUUGUUUGGCUGUCGUACGAGAUUACAUAAGUGAGAUUUCUUCAACACUAGCUGGUCCACCGGGUCCACCCGGUCCCCGUGGUAGGGGACAUCCUGGACCAGCGGGUCGCCCGGGUAUACAAGGUGAUCCUGGUCCGCAAGGGCCUCCUGGCGAUCGUGGUUAUGCUGGCCUGCCCGGUUUGCAGGGACCACAGGGUGAGACUGGACCUAGAGGUCCGGAAGGUCCAAAAGGUGAACGAGGUGAAGAUGGCGUUGGACAUCCUGGACCAAUGGGUUUGACUGGUCCACAGGGUCCUGAGGGUCAUUGCGUUGAUGGUUUGCCAGGAAGACCUGGAGAGCAUGGUGCUGUUGGUGCACCAGGUUUACCAGGUGCACAUGGUCCGCCGGGUCAACCGGGAGUUUGCCCUGAUUGCUCUGCUUAUCAAGCAGCCUACGCCUAUCCUAUAAUGCUUGCUCAGCAACAACGAAAUAAUAAAGGACCGCCGAGCUAUUACAAUAAAGGGCCGGUGAAUUAUUACGAUAAGGGAUAAGUUAAGGUUAAAUUUGUUAUGAAUUUUUUUGUCUGGCCAUAUUCAGAGGGUGUAUGUAUAACAUGGAAUAAAUAAUAAUAUUUGAAUUAAA